UCAGCCACUCCACAAUGGACACAACCAGGGAAAAAAACUAUCGGUGUGGAUUUUUUCCGAUAACCGAGUUCCAGCCAUCUGUUAUCGGUGCCGAUCAUUGGUUGACCUCUACUGUCGAGGCUACUGUCUUCUGUCUACUGUCAGCGUGCACUUAUAACAAGAAACAUAAACAGAAAGAAAAGCUCCUAUUAGCACCAGAGCUGGACAGAUGACCUGCCCCUGUGCCAGCUGUGCGGUGUGGGCACGGCCCCAAACUGUGUGUACAGCCCCGAUGGCAAAAGCAACCAAAUGCACCCUAACGAGGACGGCCACUUCCGCUUCAUUACCGAUGGCUGUUUCCUGUAUGGGGUGUUUAAUGGUUACGACGGCUGCCGAGUGGCCAAUUUCGUGUCUCAGUGUCUGACUGCAGAGCUUCUACUUGGCCAGCUCAACUCUAACCACUCUGACGCAGACGUCCGUCGCAUCCUCACACAGGCUUUUGAUGUAGUGGAGAAGAGUUACUUUGAGACCAUCGAUGACGCACUGGCAGAAAAGGCCAACCUUCAAGCGCAACUCCCAGAGGGGGCAAUGUUUCAUCAGCUGUCUCCUCAGAGUCAAAAAAUUGCAGAGAGGCUGAAGAAUCUGGAGCAGGAGGUGUCUGGAGGAGCCACAGCUGUAGUCGCUCUCAUUCUGAACAACAAGCUGUACAUCGCUAAUGUGGGCACCAAUCGAGCUCUGCUGUGCAAGUACACCAGUGACCGUCAGAAUCAGGUGAUUCAGAUUGGACGAGCCCACACAACCGAUAAUGAAGAUGAGCUGGGCAGACUGGCUCAGCUAGGUCUGGACCCAAAUCGGCUCAGACAGACAGGGAUAAUCGCAGGCCAGAGCAGUCUGAGGCGGAUAGGAGACUACAAGGUGAAAUUCAACUACACAGACAUCGAUGUCCUGAGUGCGGCCAAGAGUAAGCCAAUCAUCGCAGAGCCCGAGAUUCACGGCGGCCAGUCAUUGGACGGAGUCACAGGCUUCCUGUUGCUGAUGUCAGAGGGGCUCAUUAAGGCCCUCGAGGCAGCCCAUGGACCUGAGCAGGCCAAUCAGGAGAUGGUUGCCAUGGUGUCGGCGGAGUUGGCCCAACAGGGCAACGUGGAGGUGGUGGCCCAGUCGGUGGUGGAGCGCGUGAAGCGGCUGCAUCAUGACGCCUAUGCCAGACAGAGAGCGGUGCAGUGUUCACGCCACGAGGACAUGACCCUGCUCAUUCGCACCAUUAAUUACCCUCUAUCAGACGGCUCACUUACUCCAACACAAGGUGGGCGUAUCUACCCGGUGUCUGUGCCCUAUUCGAACAACCAGAGCACCAGUAAGACGAGCGUGACCCUGUCUUUGGUCAUGCCAGCCCAGGGAACACUCACCAACGGGACCAACACGGCUUCCACACUGGAAGGAGGCACCCCCACGCCUGGGCAAAGUCCCACGGCUACGCUUCAGUCCAACACACACACGCAGAGUUCCAGCUCUAGCUCGGGCGACGGGAGCCUCUUCAGACAGCGCGCGAGCCAGGCGGCACAGCCAGACGAGACGGGCCGCGUUCCGCCCUACGUCGACUUCACCCAGUUCUAUCAGAUGUGGGGCACGGAGCACAGCGAGGGAGCAAGAGGUCCAGGACCUCAGUGAGGGCUCGACAGAGGACAGAUCGAGAAAGAGGUAGCUUCCAGCAGUACUGACAAUGGAUUGUAAUGGCAUGCAGUUACACCACUUGCCAAUUUGCUGCCUUCUGUAUGGACUUUAUUAAGGCCAAAGUGUUUAAUAGCCUCAUUCUCCAGAUAAUAGCCUGAAUUCGCAGUGUCUGCCUUUUCCGUUUGGUGCAGGAGCAUUGUUCAGUUACAGGUCAGUUUCCAUUGGGCGACGAAAUGGGAAAUUUAAUAUUAUUAUUAUUGUUAUUAAUGCUCUGAUGUGUCUCUUUUUAUAUUAUAGCUUACCCCUGCUGAUCAGAGCUAAUCAGUUCAAAUUUCAUAAAAUAUCAUCAUGAUACUGUUGAAGUUAUAGAGGGUAUUAUAGAUCAACGUAUCAUGACUACCAGGGAAACAACACAGCAUUAUACAAUCCAGUGACAGGGUGAAUCAUAAACCGUACAAACUAGUUGUCAACAAUAUCACACCACGAUUCUUAGUUCUUACUCUCACAGUGUAAGUGAAAGAAAUAUGGCUGUUUUACAAUAAAAAUCUGAUUUUAUUAAAAGUAAAAGUAAGCUAUUGGUAGCAUAAAAAAUUGGAUUCAGCAUCCAAACAUAUGGAACAUAAAAUUCUGGUACUGGGAGUGACAGUGGAAUUAGUCCACGUCAUACUAUAUACACAAAACAUUGAGAAAGUGUAGCUUAACCUGUUUCAUUGUGAUAGCAAUACUAUAUUGUUGCAUCACCCAGGUCAAAACUGUGACACAUGGACACUGCUCUCUGAGCUGCUUUGUUUUACGGUGUGUGGGUUAAAGCCGUAGUCCAGAUGCUGGAAAUCUGCAUGCUAAUAUCGCACACAGGGUUGCGUUCUUUCACCGACUCCCAGUAGCUGACGAUCCAAAAAGGUUUUUUUAUAUUUAUAUAUAUAUAUAUAUAUAUAUAUAUAUAUAUAUAUAUAUAUAAAUAUAAAAUAAAGCAUGCGGUUAGAUCUCAACACUCCUCUAUCUCUGCAGAUAUCAAGGGACCCAUUUUCCAGCAUUUGGAUCAGCCGACAUGCUAUUACCAGUCUCAAGAGACUGAUAUUACGCAAAAUCAAUUUGUCAUCGAGUAAUUAGGAUGAUAUUGUCGUUUUGUGAAAGGCUAAACGUCAGUGAGGUACUCAAGGGCAUUUCCAAAUGUGUCAUUACUGAACAUGUUUAUUACAAUAUUUUUUUUUUUUUUUUUUUUUUAAAUAACAAACGUUAUGUCUGAUACACCAUGUUAAUCUCUCCAUCCCUCUUUUCACCCCUUCCUUCGUUAAAGUCAGGUAUGCAGGAAAGCAUGAAAGUGUGGACGUCGGAGAGGUUUUUACUGUACACUUUUUCCAUAGGGGAAUGGGAUAUGUUGGUUUUGCAAGCUUUUUGUGUUUAUAUCAUGUUUUGGUUGUACUUUAUUGCACAGUGUUGCAAAUACUUUGUAUUUAAUAGGUUUGUACAUGGUGAUUCAAGAUUGAACUGCAUAGUAACUUAUAUUAAAAAAAUAAAUAAUAAAUACUUGGUUUGUUCAGCAGUACUUAUCAUUCUUACAAGUAAUAAUUUGAGUGCAAUGUGUCCAAUGUGGGGAAAAAUACUAAACCGUAUUGAACGCUACAGUAUACGAAAGGUCUUUUUCCAUUCUUCAGCUGUCCCAUUGCAGGGAGCCUGCCACUGAGAAAAAUUUGAUGUCGCUGAGAUCAAAUUUUCCCCCGUUCUGAUGUUUGAUGUGAGCAUUAACUGUAGCUCUUGAUUUAUACAAGUGGCUGAUGAUUGUAGUCUGUAUUUUAUACAGUAUAUUCAUCUUAAAAUGUAUGCAUUAGGCAUUGCAUGUAAGUCCAGUAAAAUCUGUUCAGCUCUGAUAUUGUAUUGUGGCUUAAAGUACUGCUGUACAAACGUGAGUGUAUUUAAAAAAAAAAAAAAAAAACUUACUUUCAAAGUUCACUUUAAAAGGAUGCAUAUAUACCAUUAAUUAUAUUUAAUUACCACAAACUCACCUAUUAAAUACAAGGGAUGUAGCAUAGUGUAAAAUAAAGUGCUACCGUUGGUUUUAUGUAUUUGUGUGUCAUGCCUGUAUAAUUGAGUUUCUAAUGCCUUGCUGAAAUAAACGUUAAAAGUGG